GCAUGCAACCGCACGUUGGAGACUAAAGUUUCGAGGACAAACGGGGAGAAAAAUGUCAGAUCUCCCUGUCUUGGUUUUCAGAAGGCAAGAACUCUCAGGAGAUCAGGAACGUCCACUUUCGAUAGACCUAGAAGGGCGCAAAGAGUCCCUGGCCAGGGCAUUCGCCCAAGUGAUGAACGAAAGCCGCUGCCUCGCCCGCAGACACAGCACAUCACAGUCCCCAGCUGCUGACCAUGUACCUUUGUCUUAGUCGUUUUCUGUCUCUCUUAUUCCAUUGCACUUUACGCUUGUUUCCUUUGCUUGUCGAAACUCGCUUUUCCCCGUCAUUGGCGCAUCUAGGUUACGAGACCCACGAGUAGAUCCGCCUUGAGGACACGCCCGCUUCCACCAGUUCUACUUUCAUCCGUCCCGUUGUUAUUUUCUCUCUGGCUCUUCCAUGGAUGUAUUGUGGAGUCUCCGAGGCAUUGCAAAGAAAAACUGUACGCCGUGUGCGUCUCGCUUCGGCCAGUAUUUGCGCGUUUUCCCGCGCUCCCGAUCGAUUCUUGCUGCUGAUGUGGGUCUGUGCCCCUGUCCCGUGUUUCCCCUCGUUUUUUGUCCAUUCUAAUUCAGUCGCGAUCGUCGUUUCUUUACCUUUGCUCCAACGGGCAAUCCUUGGAGUCUUCGACGCAUGCUUCUGUAUAUAGAAACCCUGGAACUUUCGAAUUCUUACCUGCAGUGCCUUUUGUACUUCAGAUUACAACCUGUGUCACUCUAGCGGCUUAUUAGGAUUCAGAAGCGUCGCUCUCCUCAAAUCUACCGUGCUCAUGUUCCUUGUUUCUGCUGCCCGUCCGCCUCUCUUUUGACUCUGUCGGUGACAUCAAGUCUCGUCGCGGAAUUCUUCAGCUCUUUUUCCUUUCAGACCCUUCCCCUCUGAGGGGGUGGAUAUUUGGAUCGCUUCCAGACACUUCUGGAGGAAGCGAGAGAGACAUAGAACUUUGUUGCACAGCUGCAAUGACAGACUCGGCUUGUAGACGAGUUGCGGAGCUCACACCCUGGCAUUCUCAGGUGGCAGCAGAAGUGACUAAAAUGUGCAGCUGACGAUGCAGAACGAGGGCGAGCAAGCGAAGCCCAUUCUCGGAAGACAGAGAAUAGUUAUUGAGAGUGAUGAGGAAAGACAGAGGUCCCCGGACAUCAGCCGAUUGCACAAUGCGGGAGGUGCCGGCAAGGGAGAAAGCAACGAGGAGGACGAAGUAAUGUUUGUGAGAGCUGUCGACCUUGAAGUGUUUGAGGUUUCUUCUGAAAGUGUAAACCCCGCCAGCCCACAGAAAAAGAAGGGCCGGCAGCACAGGCAAAGCUCUGCCUCCAACGCAGUUGUCGAUUCCACAUCGCAAGGUGGACAAACACAGACGACGCCACCGUGCUUGCUGUCGCCCUGCGUCGGUUCUGGUCGGGAAGCUUUACCGGAUUUUUCAGAAGGUCUGGCGCUGCUUUUCUGCAGUAGCGUCAACCAGAUCGAAAUGGUUUUCGGGGAACAGCAGGGUGACAUUUUCUGUUUCUAUCGAGGCCGCCCGCUCUGCACCAUCUGGGUGCAAGGCUUUAUCGUCAGUGUCGAGGAGAGAGCGGGUCUUUUCUCCGUGGAUGAUGGAACCAAAGUCCUUGAGGGGACUUUCGAUGCUUUUCCGGCGUCGGGCGACAAGAGCGAGUCCCCGGUGCACUUAACCGAGCAGGCAUUGCCACAGCAGAAUGAACCGGAGAUCGUGAUCGUGGAUGACGACAGCGAGCAGAACGAUGACGUUAGCGUAGUGUGUCAAGGGCGGACGAGUUUCAGUGCAGGCGACGACGUCUCGGUGGUGUCAGCGAGGAAUCGUGAAGCGAAAGAGGGCGGCGAGGAAGUGGACAGCGCGACAGACGGCAACUGGAGAGAGGAAAAUGGACGGUUUGUCUCGCUCCAACGGACAAGAAAGUUUUCGCUUCGAGGAACGACGGAACAGCUUAAAACAGCGCAGCUGGAGGGGGCCUAUGUCUCACUACUACUGCAACUCGUGCCCGUCAUGGUGGACGCAGACGUGAUCCUCUCAUUCCACCUCUUGAGAGUCUCAGACUGCCCGAACAGAUGCGCAAACGCGGAGGCCGAGUGGAUAACACACGUGCUUAGAUGGCAACUGGGCAUCAGCCAGCGCGCGUAGUCGCGAGGUGGUCG